UGAAAUAGCUUAGCUGAUUCAUGGGAGGCCAAUAUCAAAUUUAUUUAUUUAUUUUUUCUGCUGUAUUGCCUUUUGCUCAGUGAUGGAGUUAUAUUAGUAAUUUUUCUGAUAUUUGUCCUCAUUUUUAUCAUCUUUUAUCAUCAAUGAUUGUAUAAUUUGUAUCAAGUCCAAUAUUUCAAACUUGGUAGUCAAAUUUGCUGAAGUCUCUUUGUUUUUUAUGGGUAUUCGUAUUUUCUUCAACUUUUUCCUGCGAAAAUUGAAAACGAUUUUAUCGAAUUUUGUAUUUACUGCUUUAUUAGCCUUUUAAUAGAGUUGCCUAAAGGAAGGCAAAAGGCUUACUGGUAUAAAAGUUUUAAGUAAAUUGUGUGAAAACUAAUGUUUAUGCUGGUUCAGCUCUGUCAUUGUGUUUUGUCUAAGCAAAAAUACGGAUUUAAUAUUACCGCCAUAGUCGUCUGCUGGUCUAUAGAAAAGAAUUAAACAAAACUUCGAAGUAUGGUAAUUCAUGUUCUACGUCAAGUCAAUGCCAUUUUUAUUAUACCUAUUGUAGUAAUGUUUUCCUGCAAACCACAUUGUCUGUGCACUGUUUUCAAAGAUGACAUCCCCAUUGACAUUCAAGAAAGUCGCGGUGAUCGGUGCUGGCCCUGCCGGUUUGAUGGCGGCACAUAUGCUUAGAAAUGAAGGUCUAGAUGUAGUGGUGUUUGAGCGUGCUGCUCAGUUGGGUGGUUGCUGGGUUUACUCGGCUGAGGUUGAGUCUGAUCUGCUUGGACAUGACCCAACUCGGAAAAUUGUUCCCUCAAGUGUGUAUGCUUCUCUUCGCACAAAUUCUCCUAGAGAAUCUAUGGGCUUUCGUAUUUUUCCAUUUGUUCCUACUGGCAAAGUCGGCAGAGAUUCACGAAGGUUUCCAGGGCAUCAGGAGGUGCUGAGAUACUUGGAAGAUUUUGCUUAUGAAUUUGGACUGAAUAAAUUGAUUUGUUACCAGACAGAUGUGAGGCAUGUUGGGCUGGAGACGGAUGGAAAGUGGAUGGUGAAAUACAGGAGAGUUGGGGGAGACAAGGGCAGCGAUAUGGCUGAAACUUAUGAUGCUGUGGUUGUCUGCAACGGACAUUACACUGAACCACAACUUGCUGAUAAUAUUCCUGGCAUUGACCUUUGGCCAGGGAGGCAAAUUCAUAGUCAUAACUAUCGUGUUCCAGAACUUUAUCAAGACCAGGUUGUAGUUUUGAUAGGGCAUGCUUCUAGUGCUGUCGAUAUCUCUAGGGAUAUUGCUGGAUCAGCCAAAGAAGUUCAUGUAACAACUAGGUCUGAGGCAGCAGGAAAAUUGGCCAAAUUUGGAAAGCAUCCUGUUUAUGAUAACUUGUGGCUUCAUCCAAUGAUAGAACAAGCCCAUGAAGAUGGUAGAAUAUCGUUUCAGGAUGGGAGUGUGGCCCUUGCAGAUGUCAUUAUCCAUUGCACUGGGUACAAGCAACAUUUCCCUUUUCUUCACACUAAUGGUGUUGUAAAUGUUGAUGAUAAUCGUGUCGGGCCUCUUUACAAGCAUGUGUUUCCUCCUGCAUUAGCCCCAGGGAUCUCCUUCAUUGGUGUGCCAUUUUAUGUUGACCCAUUCUUCCUUUUUGAACUUCAAAGUAAAUGGGUAGCAGGUGUUUUAUCUGGGCGUUUAUCACUUCCGUCUGAGGAAAAAAUGAUGGAAGAUGUAGAAGCCUUCUACUCAGAAUUGGAAGCUAAGGGAAUUCCAAAGCGCUUCACACAUAGGAUCCAUGAUUUUAAGCAACUCUCUGGGUGGUCAUAUGAAUACGAGGAUUGGCUUGCUUCAGAAUCUGGCUGCCCUCCUGCUGAGGAGUGGAGGAAGGGAAUGUAUAUUGCGUCAGUAGACCGUGCGUUUAAACAAACAGAGACUUUUCGUGAUGAAUGGGAUGAUGAAGACUUGGUCCUGCAAGCAUACAAAGAUUUUAUGCAGUAUUUGUCUGCUGAAGGCAGAGUCACCGUUGCUGCUUCAACACUAAGAUAACUGUAUUUCAUUGAUAAGAAAUUAUUUUAUUUCUGAUUCUAUUGGUUUGAGUUGCAAAGCCCAAGCACCAAAAAUAAUAUGUACUAAUAGCGAUAAUUCUUUAUUGGUGUACAGGACCUGUAUCGAUAAAUUGUGUUGUUUUCUUUGAUAAUCUGCUACGAUCAGAUCCUCAACUUAGUUCCAUGCUUUGAAAUGCUGUGUAUGU